AUGAUUCAGGGUCCACCAGUUUUUGAAAGCAUGAUUCAGGGUCCACCAGUUUUUGAAAGCAUGAUUCAGGGUCCACCAGUUUUUGAAAGCAUGAUUCAGGGUCCACCAGUUUUUGAAAGCAUGAUUCAGGGUCCACCAGUUUUUGAAAGCAUGAUUCAGGGUCCACCAGUUUUUGAAAGCAUGAUUCAGGGUCUACCAGUUUUUGAAAGCAUGAUUCAGGGUCCACCAGUUUUUGAAAGCAUGAUUCAGGGUCCACCAGUUUUUGAAAGCAUGAUUCAGGGUCCACCAGUUUUUGAAAGCAUGAUUCAGGGUCCACCAGUUUUUGAAAGCAUGAUUCAGGGUCCACCAGUUUUUGAAAGCAUGAUUCAGGGUCCACCAGUUUUUGAAAGCAUGAUUCAGGGUCCACCAGUUUUUGAAAGCAUGAUUCAGGGUCCACCAGUUUUUGAAAGCAUGAUUCAGGGUCUACCAGUUUUUGAAAGCAUGAUUCAGGGUCCACCAGUUUUUGAAAGCAUGAUUCAGGGUCCACCAGUUUUUGAAAUCAUGAUUCAGGGUCCACCAGUUUUUGAAAGCAUGAUUCAGGGUCCACCAGUUUUUGAAAGCAUGAUUCAGGGUCCGAAGACGGACCAUGCUACAAACAGCGUUGAUGAACCCUCAAGUUUAAGAAAGCCAUCUUCCCCUUCAAAUUUUUUAACGGUCUCUGAAGAAGAAGAUGAUAAUUAG